UCGGUGGCUCUGGUGUCAGCACUUUCCUCCCGUUCGUGAUGCCUCCGGCUCAGGACAUGGAGCUUAGAGAAGACUUUGGAUGUUUGCUGAGACGCGCAGGAGGAGUGUGUGAAGCGAAGGUCUGAGUGAAGCUCCGUGCACAAAGCCAUCAUGAGCUCAGUCAGUCACCGAGCCGGCUAUUCUUUCUGCUUGGAUAUUAUUUCAGUGGUGCAGUCUCUCCUCGUGUUCAUGUCUAUUAUCAGAGCAGGGCUUGGUAGCACGUGGUUAGCAGCUGAGAUCUGCCCCCUUGGCCACUUCCCAUGUGGAAAUGUGAGCGUGUGUCUGCCUCAGGUGCUGCAUUGUAACGGCCAAGAGGACUGUCCAAACGGAGCCGACGAGGAGCACUGCGGAGAUAACAGUGGCUGGGCCAAUUUUUUCGACAGGACCAUUCAAAUAACGGCCCAGCGUGAUCUGACCACAGACUGCUUUCUUCAUCAAUAUCCAGAUCGCUGUCAGUGCAUCGAGCUGGAGCUCCAGUGUGUGCGCAUCGGUUUAAAUUCCGUGCCGUAUGUGUCCACCAAUGUGACCUCCCUGUCUCUAAAAAGCAAUGAGAUUCAAGUAUUACCAGAAAACGCUUUUAUUAGAUACACAGAACUUCAAAGACUAUUUCUUCAGGAUAACUGCAUAAGCUCUGUAUCAGAUCAGGCUUUUAAUGGAUUAUUCAAAUUGCAGAAACUGUCUUUGAGCCAAAACUGCAUCACUUUGUUAAAACAUGGAGUCUUUGCUGAUCUUCACAAACUCAACUGGCUAAUUCUGGAUGACAAUCCUCUGACAACCAUCUCUGUGAACACAUUCACUGGCCUGAGAUCUCUCUUCUUCCUGUCAAUGGUGAACACCUCGCUUGAAUGGCUUCCUUCACCCAGACUUUGCAGACACAUGCCCUUUCUCAACUGGCUGGAUUUUGAAGGGAACUGCAUUCAGAGGCUGAACUACUCCACCCUGCUGUCCUGUAAUGAGCUCACUGUGCUAUCACUGCGAGCAAAUCACAUCAAGAGGCUUCCUGAAAACACUUUUCAUUCUCUUCAUGUGCUGGGAGAGCUGGACCUUUCCAGUAACCAACUCAAAGAGCUGCCAUUGAACCUCUUCAAGGGACUUCAUUCUUUACAGAUACUGAAUCUUUCCCAAAACCCACUGAGCCACAUCCAUCUGAACCAGUUCGAUCAUCUCACACAACUCCAAUCCCUGGGCUUGGAAGGAGUGAAGAUCCCAGACAUCCAAACCCGCAUGUUUCAGUCAAUGAAGAAUCUCUCCUACAUAUACUUUAAGAAGUUCCAGUACUGCUCCUACGCUCCUCACGUUCGGAAAUGCAAGCCCAACUCGGAUGGCCUUUCAUCUUUUGAAGACCUUUUAGCAAGUGUAGUCCUCCGUGUGUCCGUCUGGGUCAUGGCCUUCCUUACCUGCUUUGGGAACCUCUUCGUUAUUGGCAUGCGCACUCUCAUCCGGGCAGAGAACAAUCUGCAUGCCAUCUGCAUCAAGGUUUUAUGUUGUGCUGAUUGCCUGAUGGGCAUCUACCUUUUUUUUGUCGGCAUCUUCGAUGUAAAGUUCCGUGGAGAGUACAACAAGAACGCCCACGUGUGGAUGGAAAGCCUUGAAUGUCGCACCAUCGGCUUUCUGGCUAUGCUGUCCUCCGAGGUGUCGGUCAUGCUCCUCACCUACCUGACCAUGGAGAAGUUUCUGGUCAUUGUUUUCCCACUGAGUCACCUAAGGCCAGGAAAAAAUCAGACAUUCAGUAUUUUAGCUGUGAUCUGGCUCAUAGGAAUCUCGAUUGCCGCAGUGCCGCUGCUGAAUGAGGAGCUCUUCGGGAACUACUACGGCCGGAACGGCGUCUGCUUCCCUCUGCACUCUGAACGUGUGGAGAAACCCACGGCGAAGGGAUAUUCCACUGGCAUAUUUCUGGGACUCAACCUGGUAGCCUUCCUCAUCAUCGUCAUCUCCUACUCCAGCAUGUUUUACUCCAUCUACAAGACAGGCAUUAACGCCACAGAGCUGCGCAGCCGGCUGCACAAGGACGUGGCUGUCGCCAACCGCUUCUUUUUCAUUGUGUUCUCUGAUGCCCUCUGCUGGAUCCCCAUUUUCCUGGUCAAAAUUCUCUCUCUGCUCGAGGUGGAGAUUCCAGGGACCAUUACAUCCUGGGUGGUUAUCUUCAUUCUGCCAAUCAACAGUGCCUUGAACCCCAUCCUGUAUACCCUGACUACGAGCUUCUUCCGAGAGCAGGUGGAGUUGAUGCUGUGCCAGUGGCAAAGACACUCCACUCUAAGGAAAGAACGAAAGAGUUUAUCCAGCUCGGUCAUCGACAUUGAAAACUCACGAAGGCCAUACUGCGCACGUGACAUCGUGCCACGGAACUCCAUUUUAACCUUUCAUGGCAAUUUCAGAUGAACCUUUAUUCUGUGAGUUUAUAAACUGGUGGAAAACAAGUCUGGUUCCCCGAAUGAUGCUUGGAUAUGGGCUGUUACUGUGCCUUGGCUUGGAUCUGCUUUUCAUAGAUCUUUAUGCUGAUCCAAGAUAUGAAAGCUAGUGUUGAACACGUAUAGGCAAAACCCAAGGCAACCGCAGCACGAGCACAGCGUGGGACUUGUACAGACUGCAACUUUACUAGACAUGAUAUUCAUGUACACAAAAUAUGUUUUACAGAGAUUCAAAUACCAUUUUAUGGAACAAUGCUAGUUACCACGCAACUAGCACUUUACUCAGUAAUUAAAUAUAAGCUAAGCUUUUUUUUUUUUUCAAUACCUCAAACAAGUUUACCAUAAGCAUAAGCAUUUCUUGGUCAUUAGAAAAGGCUAUCAUGAAAAAUGUAGAUUUAUUGAAAUUUUCAUAAAGCUGACAGAGUCACAUUUACAUGUGAUUUAACUGACAAUUGAUAUUAUGUCAUCACUUCAUGCUCAUUUAUAUGCUCGUUACUUUAACACAUUAUUAUGAGUUUUUUCAUUAACAGUUUUAACAUAUUACCUUGGCAUAUUAUCAAGAAAUAAUGAGUUAUUCAGUUAAAUUAACACCAUAGCACUUUUCAACGACUGGUAUUUCAGGGCUUUUAACUAACGCUUUUAAGUAAUCAAAGCGUAAUUCUAACAAAAUAAAUAUAGAUGCAAGAUUAUUUUGGUUGUUAGUCUUUCAGCUGCUCGCUUCAAGGGGUUUUUACAGCGGAACGUAUUCACGAAUCUUCUUAAGCCUAAAAGUUUUUAAACAAUCCUAAUGAUGAAAUUCUUAGAAUUCUGACAUUUUCUUAGAAUUUCCCCUUAAUUUUAGGACUAAAUCUUAGUAACGAUAAAAAUCUUUUACAAAACAUCUUUCUUUCUAAGGUAAAAAGUGUUAAGAGGCUUAAGAGUUUCUAUACCUGAGGACAAAAUGGCGAAAAGAAGAAAUAUUCUCCAAACACUAAACGUAAAAGUAAACACUGCUCUUCUGUCCGAUUUGUUUUUCUUUUUCUUUCACUUCUUUCCAUCUCUCUUGGAUUAUUGGCAAGAGUGCAACUUAAACAUACUGUUCUGCAAUCAUAUAAUUGGUGAAAGCUGAGCCAUUUUGCUCCCAUCAAUCUGAAAUGGAUUACAAGUAAUAAAAUUAGUAUAAUAAAUAAAUGUAAGAACUUAAAUAUAGUAACUACUGUGUGGAAAUUGGUUGCUUCAAAAGUAUACACAUUUUUUAUCAUUUGGUUGUUUUAAUUAUCUUUAAGAUAUUUAGCCUUUAACAGAAACUUUGCAUAAAGUAGCUUGCAUUCAUGAUUCUUUAUAUACACGGAUUUUACUGUCUAUUCUAUUUUCAUAUACUUUAUUUUCACAAAGAGCGCAUUUUAAGACCUUUACAGAUGUUUUAUCAACCAAUCCAGUCCUUGAAUUGCCGCAUCAUCAACGGGGUCACCCACACCUCCUCACUAAGAUAAAGGGUUUUAUACUUUCCUUAUGGUUGCUCUGAGAAGUUUUGUAAAUCACUUUUAGUCUAGAACUCCCAGCUAGGACUUUUUAAGCUAAGAUAGAAGCUCUCUGAGUGAGUUCUAAGAAGCUUUGUGAAUACGGGCCGAGAUCCGCACACAACUUGCCAGAGGUUUUAAGCUGGAUACCCUUCCUCCCUUUAUUUGGGCUAAGGAGCCAUACUGCAUCCAGUGACCAGGGUUGUGGCCAUUGGGUGGGAAUCGAACCUGGGUCUUCUGCAUGGCAAGAUUAUUAUCGCGCAAAAAUGUCAAUUCGGCCCCGAUUAUGUCCACCUUGGCUUUUCAUAUUCUAGCCCUUCUUUUUUUUAAUCCAUCAAUUUCCAUAUAUGGUCAUUGAUUCCUGUUUUUAUUACCUUGUUGCCAAGGUAGUCCAUUCCUUUCACCCGCUGCUUGUUAGAAUGGUCUAGUUUGUCUGUUUAAAACCUCUGGCUUUCCUGUUGAGUUUCUGAAGCUCUGCAUGUGCAAAUCUCUGUUACUAAGCAGUGCACAUUUUCAAGUCCCUAGUUUUUUGGUCUUGAUGACACAGAACCAGAGGUUUGUAGCGAAGCCAUGAGGCAUGAUGGCUGGUGCUAUAUGGGUUACCCUGCUGUUAUGUUGCUAAACUGGGUUGGGUUCCUGUCUGAUGUACUCGAUUAAUUCCAAUAAAUGUGCUUUUAGUGUGUAUCUCUGUCCCGUGUCCUGCAAUGAUCCUGUCCUCAACCGCAUGACAAAGAUAUUUGCUUAGAUAUGCUUAGAUAUUUUUGUUGUAUUCAGUGAUAUUUAUGAAUCUAAAAACUUGCAGUCAAACAUGCCCACAAUCUGUGAAAAGUAUAAUGCAUUUCAGAAAUCUUUCUUUUUUUUAAACCUCUUUAUAAUUUCUUUAAUGUAGCUUUGUAAUAUCAAACCCUUUUUUAAAGUUGUAUGUUUACUUGCUGCGUAUUUAUACAUUUAACAUGUUAAUAUAAUUAUGUUGUCCUGCAACUGUAAUGGAAUAAGCUGCAGAUACCCCCCCCCCACCCCCACCCCCCAAGU